CAAUUUUCAACACUUGAAAUGGCUGGCUUGGAAUCAAUUUGUGUCAAAAUUUCACUAUCGGAUUGUUUUAUCUAUAUAUAUUGUCUAUAUGUUCAACCAUCAUCAAUGGAUAAAGAUAUCUACGAAAAACACAUGUUAGCUAUUAAGUCAAUUGAGAAAAUCCGUACUGAUAAAGACAUCGUUCUGUAUUGUGGUGAUUGGAAUCUUCCUGAGGUGAGAUGGAUACAAAAUGAUGAUGGUGUCAGCUUUUUACCAAUUAUUGGUGACUCAAUGAGUAAUAAAGCUAUUAUAUCCAGGAGAGUUACCACAACACUUUUAGAAAUAGGACUAUCUCAAAUUUGUAACUUUGAGAAUAGAAGCAGCAAUGUACUAGACCUAUUUUAUACUAACAUGCCAGAAUUGACAAUUAUGAAUCACGCAGAAAUUUUAUUGAUACCAGACGAAAUUUCUGAUAAGGCACAUAUUCAAUCUGUGUGUACAAUUGAAUGUCAACCCAAGACGUUUAUCCGAGACGUUCAAAAUGAGCCUCAAUUUUGCUUUAAAAAAGCGGAUUUUGACGGUAUCAGAGAUUACCUGGAACAAGUCCCAUUUGACGAUGUCCUAAAUCAUGACGACAUUAAUGAUAUGGUUAAAGCUUUUUAUGAUAUUAUUUAUGAAAUGUUUGAUCAAUAUGUGCCUCGUUCAUCUCUUCGUAUCUCAAAUAGACCAAUUUGGUUCAACAAGAAACUUUCUCAUCUAAAGAACGUGCGAAACAGAGAAUAUAAAAAAUUAUCCAAAAAUCGUUUGCAAAAUCCAGAGGCUGAUACGCAAUUAUUUACCAAAGCAAUGAAUGAAUUUAACGAAUAUCAAAAACAACGUUAUAACGAGUACAUCAGCGAUGUUGCACGAAACUCGAAGAACAACCCAAAACUAUUUUGGAGACAUGUCAAUGGAAGGAGAAAAUCAAAUAAUAUUUCGUGUAAACUGGAACUAGAGGAUGUUAUCGCUUCAACUGAUACUGAAAAGGCAAAUUUAUUUAUCUGUAUAUGUCAAACAUGGUAAUGACUCGUCACUGAAUCAAUUUA